AUGAAAACCAUCGAUAGUAUCGAAUUGAGUAGUACCACAGAUGUCUAUGCACAGCUUUUCGCAUGGUACUUCGAAGAUCAGUGCCCUAACCAAGAUUGUUCUUCAGUUUACGAUCGUGCAAACAAGGGAUGCAAGGAACGUUUAUAUGACCAACAAGAGUGUGCGAAUGGAUUGAAGCAAUCUAUCGACAUUUAUUGUACAAUAGGCAACAGUAAGGACCCAGGGACCCAGGGACCCAGGGACCCAGGGACCCAGGGACCCAGGGACCCAGGGACCCAGGGACCCAGGGACCCAGGGACCCAGGGACCCGAAGUUCAAAAUUCCUGA